AUGCCUGUGAUUGAAGAGAUCGAUGAUAUCGAUGAUAUCGAUAAUUUAGAGAUGGAUCUCGCAGAAUUGGACUCCACGAUGAAGACACCAGUGGCACCAAAGAUCGUACCCACUGUGGUUAGAUCGCAAGAUCAAGAAGAAGAAGCAUAUUCUGCUGCAAUUUCUGGUAAUGCAGGCAGCGGUAGUGGGUUCAAUUUUGUUAAUAGCACCACCGGUCAAGUGGAAAAGAGUCAUUCUUUGACUAAAGAAGAGCUGGAUGAGAUCAAAGAAUUCCAGAUGUUGUAUCCAUGUUAUUUCGACACUAGAAGGACGCAUGCCCAAGGGAGACGUGCUCCAAAAGAUCUUUGUGUGGAGAACCCAUUGGCCAAGACGAUAGCAGAUGCUGCCAGAUCGCUUGGAAUUCCAUCAAUAUUCGAAGGAUCAAAGACACAUCCACAAGAUUUUGGUAAUCCGGGAAGAGUACGUGUGUUGAUCAAGGAAAAUGGAAAACCAUUUGUGAGUGGAAUCGAUAACAAGCGAGUAUUGAUGAAGCGUAUUGGAGAGUACUUGAAGAGCCAUCCUACAACACUUGAGAGUGUAAAACAGCUUCCAUAUGGACCAGAUUUUGAUAACGUAGAACCGAAGAAGAUUCCUUUAUUGAAGGGAACAGCAAUGAAUGACAUCGUGCCAUUGCAUAGUCCAUACUUGACACAGCAUCCAAUGACAAAAUCGCUAUAUGAUGCUCCUCCACCUCCGCCUCCCGCGCAGCAGGUAUCUGCACCAGAGAAACAAAUGAAGAUGCCAAAGAACAAGUUCCGUGUAGUAAGACGUUAA